AUGGCUUUCAAAUCGCCGAUAUGUAUCGCUAUCGCGGUACUUCUCGAAGCUGUGCUCGUUUUCGGUGGAUCCUUAAGCGACAUCGAGCAUGUAGUCAUCUUCAUGCAGGAGAACCGCUCAUGGGACACGUAUUUUGGCACUAUGCCUGGAGUCCGUGGCUUCAAUGACCCCAAUGUUCAGGUCAACUCCGACGGAAACUCGGUUUGGCAUCAACUAGUCGAGCCGGCUCAGUCAAACAAAACCAAGACUUUGUUACCCUGGUAUCUUGGAUAUCAAGGUGGCGACUGGCAUGAUGCGAUUCAGUGCAUGGUCGCGGGUAGCAACGGCUACAAGGAAAACCAACAGUCUCUCAACAACGGGUUGAACAACCACUGGGUGACUAAAAACACCCCCUGGAGUUGGGGCUACCUGAAGCGACAAGAUAUUCCAGUUCAAUUUGCCAUUGCUGAAGGUUGGACAUCAGGAGACAUGUAUCAGGAGAGUCAAAUCACUGCCACAAAUCCUAAUCGGGUUACUUUGGUCAGCGGCUCUAUCAACGUUCCUGGUAGUCCCCAGGACAAGGACCAGGGAGGUGUAUAUAUUGAUAACAACGAGGUACCAGCUAUUUCAUGGUCUGACCAAAGUUACACAGGCUGUGAUGACCAUGGUAUCAACUGCUACCCACUCAAGUGGAAGACCGUCUAUGACUUUUAUGAAGAGGCAGGGGUCUCAUGGCAACUCUUUCAAGACACAAACAACUUCGACGAUAACCCGUUGGCUUGGUUCCAGCAAUUUCAGACUGCCCCGAAAAAUAGCCCUCUGGCCAAAAAGGGUAUGUCUUUUGUUGGUCUAGAUUCCUUCUAUCAGGCUGCCGCCAACGGCACAUUGCCCGAGGUCAGUUUCAUUGUUGGCCCGUCCGAGCUGUCUGAGCAUCCACCAUACAUGCCAAAGGAUGGAGGCUGGCUUCAGAAGAAGGUCGUCGACGCCGUCACUAGUAGCCCGAAGUAUAACUCAACGCUUCUGAUGAUCAGCUUUGAUGAAACUGGUGGCUUUGGCGACCAUGUAACCCCCUUCCAUUCCCCUAAGAACACCCCGGGAGACUGGAUGCAGGACCCCUUAGGUAUGUUCUCGGAUAUCUUUGUGGGGCCUGGUUUCCGAGUACCAUUCUAUAUGAUCUCCCCUUGGACCCGAGGAAAUCGCGUGUUCACUGAGCGGGCAGAUCAUAACUCUCAGAUUCUCUUUGUUGAGGAAUGGCUGACAGCGCGGGGACACAAAAAUAUUACAACCAAUCAGAUGGUUUCAUGGCGACGCAAGCACAUGUCUAAUCUAGUCAACGCGCUUGAUUUGGACCAUCCAGACUACUCUCUCCCCAAUCUUCCGGAUGCCGGGACUGUGGAUACCAACGAAAAGGGCGAGUAUACUGGUACAUCUAACUGCCAGUCUCGCCAUAAGCAGACACGUCCUGAUGUUCCAUAUGGAGAACAGAGCAACACAACCGAUGUCAAUACCUUGUGGUUUGAAGAGGGCUUCAAAGAGGUGGUCGGCUACCUCACCGAGGGCCGAUACCUAGUCUUUGAGAAGAAUGGAGCAGCCAUAACAAAUCCGGCUACAGGCAACCGCCUUGUGUCCAGCUGUACAAGCCCUGAGCACAACAAUAAAUCCCAGCGUUGGGUAAUUCACUACAACAACGAUGAGGAAAGCCAUACAUUUACCAUCUCCAGCGCACUAGAUGGUCGAUGGAUCGGUCUCGAUGGUGCUUUGCUUCCCAAAAACCAGAAUUCAAAUGCAGCCCAGGUGCAUUUCACCUUCUUGGGUAGUGGUCUUGGCUAUACCAUGCAGUUUGUGGAGAAAGGGCGGUACAUUGAUAUUGACAAGCACGGAGACUUGAAUGCUGAAGGUGACCACGCGAAACCUACGAGUGGCUACAAGGUCUUUAGCGUCUCAUUCCGUGAUUAG